UUUUUCUGCAAAUGCAAUAAGAGCAGAUACUAACUUCUGAUACACAUUUUAAAUAAAUUCCUCUGACUUUGUUAAUAAAGAAAAGGAUUUGAUGACACUGCACCACUUCACUUUAAACAGUAAUAUUUCAUAACGCCAUGACAUGGAGAUAAGGGCCAAAUAAACAGGGUUGGGUUGGGGUAAGAGGAACAGGAAGAGACCAAGACUGAAAGGCAGACAGAGACUGAGAUAGAGAAGGAGAGUACUCAUUACUUUGACAUGUAAAGCACAACUAAUAGCUGUUAUUUCUCACAAAGAAAACGGAAUCAGCGAUGCCAUACCUAAUCAAUGUGGACACUAGAAGAUGAGGUUGAUCAGAAACUGAGCUACAGGAACACACAAGCUUACUCUGAGAAGACUUAAAUGGAUGUUGUAAUGGAAUCCCAGGAGAUUAAAGUUACAUUGACUGAAGGGGAGAACUUGGAGCAUCAAAUAAUUAUUGAAGAGGGGAAUGUUACGGAGAAAGCUGUUGAGGGAGGGACACAGCCAAUAACAUGCCAGGGCACUGAUGACAUCUCUAGAGUGGAAGAGCCUGACGCUGCCAGACGUGGACAGAUUGAAAAUGAAGACACAGAAAGUGGACAUAGAGACAAAGGGAAACAAGAACAACAAAACAUUAAACCAGAUGGAGAGACUGAGACAGAGAAGGGGGUAGGACAUGUUAAAGGAAUGGAUACACUCGGGAUGAAUGAACAGAAAAAAGAUAUGGAGAAAGAGGGAAUGGAAAUGGUUGAAAUUACUGAAGAAAACAAAGAUGGAGAAAACCAUUUGGAGACAGACAAGUUAUCACAAGGCUUACAAGUCAGCACAAAUGGACGUAUUCCACUGGACCAGUUGUCUACAGAUACACUGAGCACAGAGGAGGCCUCAAAACAGGCUCGACGGUUAACCCCUGCCUUCCCAGAGGCACUGUAUGACUUGGUCUUUACUCUGCAAGAAGGGAGACGACUCAAUGACCAGCGCUGCUCAUUCAGGGGGAGGAGAAGGUGCCAAUCUGAACCCAACACUUACAUUCCGGCCUACAGAGCCAAUAGAGCUCAUUUCUCAUCAAUGACCUCGCUGCAGAAAGAGGCGUUCUUUGAUUUGGUGGCUACUUCCCAAGGUCGUCGACUUGACGACCAGAGGGCGGAACUAAAUGACAACCCACCCUCUAAGCCAAAGGCCAGUAAGAAGAGGACCAGUGUAAAAGAGGCGAAGCCUAAACAGUCCGCUCCAACUGCAGUGCAGAAUGAGGACUUGUACAAUAUGAUUCUCACCUCACAAGCACAGGGUAGGCUGGAAGAACAGCGCAGUGCUGCCCCAGGUCCCAUGGAUGAUGAAGACUUCUUCUCCUUGCUACUGAGUGUCCAGGGAGGACGCAUGGAGGACCAGAGGACUGAGCUGCCUGGGAUCAUGGGGACCUGAGAGAUAUGCAUGCUAGAAAGAUUGUCCUAGAGCAGGUGUACACGUGAUAGUACCCUAUAUCUCAAGAAUCACGUUCCUAGGGAACUAUUGCAAAAACCGCUAUUACAUUCUAUUCCAACAUAUCUAGUUGCCAUUACGUUGAUCAAGAACGUUAAAUAUUGUGUAUGGUAAUAAUCCAAUAGUUUUGUAGGAUGUCACCUAUCCAAAUAAAGGAAUUUAUGUAGACCAUACCCACUCAACAUCCCGACUCAACAUCCCUCCUCAACAUCCCCCCUCAACAUCCCCUCUCAAUAUCCCCCCUCAAUAUCCCCACUCAACAUCCCCUCUCAACAUCCC